AUGACGGAGUUGCACGAAGCCGCGUCAAUGGGUGACAGUGACCUGUUAGAAGAACUGAUUGACAGCGGGAAAUACGACAUUAAUGGGAAAGACCAUGAAUGGCAUAACAGAACGCCACUACACUGGGCUGCUAUAAAAGGUCACGUGGAAAGCAUCCGAAUUCUGAUUGACAGUGGUGCUAAAACUGGUUCACGAACUGAUGUCGGUUGGACGGCGCCACAUUUCUCCGCAGAGGGCGGUAAACUGGGUGCCUUGAGGGUGAUGCAUAAAAUGAAUUCACCGAUGGAUAGAGAAGACAAAUACGGUGAUACGCCAAAGAAAAUAGCGGACAUAUACGGUCAUAAGGAAUGUGUCAAGUUUUUGGAAAUUGCGGAAGCUGAAUAUCGAGAAAGAAAACAGAGGGCGCUGGAACUGAAUGUGCCGAUCGAAGACGAAGACUCCGACUGGGAGCGAGAACUCAACGGGGAAACUGACGAUUACGAGAGUCGACCGGCUUCUGUGAAAGACUCUAAAAAACAUAGAAAAACAGGAGUACACUCGAGAUCGGACAAUCAUUUGAAGCCAGAUAGACCAGGAUCAGCAAAAAGCUCCAAAUCCACGAAAAGCGACACUUCUAUGGUGUCAUCUAAAGAUAGUGGUUCGGACAAAAGUACAAGCACGAAAACGUCGAAAGGAUCGUCCAAGAACGAGAAAUUGGAAAUGGAAUUGGGGAAAAAUAAAAACGCCGAGGACGAAGCGGACGGAAAGUCAAGGAAAAAGAAAAAGGAAAAAGAAAGCAAAAAGUUCACAGAUGUAUCACGGGAAAAGGAACAAGAGAAUGAAAAGCCAAAAGACGAUAAAGCGGAGAAGAAAAAGAAACGGGAAAAGGGAAAGGACAAAGACAAUGAGACUAAAAAUGCAAAAGUUGAAGAGAACGGAGCCAAGAAAAAGGAAAGGGAAAAGAACGGCAAAAAAGAAAAAGCAGAGAAAGUCAAAACUGAGAAGGACGAACUAGAACUAAAACCUGGCAAGGGGACUAUAUCCCAUAAGCAUACUGGACCAAGCGUCAUCAAGAAAUCUUCCAAUAAAAAGAGAUCAUGA